AACGGCAACGCAACGCGACGCAGCUUCAAUCCCGGGGCGACCAAUGGGAGCGACGCCGCCUGAUUCCCGAGCUCCUUAUCCCAUCUGUGCACCACCCAUGGGGAUAAUAUGGAGUUGUCUGAUGGCGUUGGAAGUGCAGCGGAGCUGAGCUCAGGUAACACUUGACAGUGUGGUUUGCAUCGGCGGAAGCGUUGGACGGUGUCGGCAUUGGAGCUUUGGAGGGGGACGAAUGGCAUCCGCAAUGGCUACCGCUGCUGCCCAGGCGACCCGGUUGGUGACUGGCGUCGCCGCCGCUCAGAAGUCGGGCUUCUUCAGCGGAUGCAGCUCCGUGUCCAUGCUGGGGUGCAGCAACGGCAGCCGUGUGUGCAUGGCUGAGUGGCUGCCCGGCAACCCCCGGCCUUCGUACCUGGACGGAUCCGCCCCGGGAGACUUCGGGUUCGAUCCGUUGGGAUUGGGAGAGGUGCCGGAGAAUCUGGAGAGGUUCAAGGAGUCGGAGCUCAUCCACGCCCGGUGGGCCAUGCUUGCAGUGCCCGGAGUGUUGAUUCCGGAGGCUCUCGGAUACGGCAAUUGGGUGUCGGCGCAGAAGUGGGCCGCGACCCCAGGAGGACAGGCAACGUACCUGGGCAACCCGGUACCGUGGGGCACGCUGCCGGUGAUCCUGGCAGUGGAGUUCAUCGCGAUCGCAUUCGCGGAGUCGCAGAGGAACGGGGAGUCGGAUCCCGAGAAGAGGAAGUACCCCGGGGGCGCGUUUGAUCCUAUGGGGUUCUCGAAGGGCGCGAACCUGGAGGAGCUGAAGCUGAAGGAGAUCAAGAACGGUCGUCUGGCGCUAGUGGCAUUCUUGGGGUUCGCGAUCCAGGCCAUCGCAUACCCAGGGACGGGACCUCUGGAGAACUUGAAGACCCACUUGGCUGACCCAUGGCACAACACCAUCGCGAACAUAUUGAUCCCCCGAUCGGUGCUGUAGAUGGGGAAGGUUUUGAACUCGUCGACAUUUCAGUAGGCGGUGAAGUCAUGCGAACAGUAGUGCAGGGUAUGGAGUGGGGGUUUUUCCAGAGGAGAUCUGGCUUGUCCAUGCUGCCUCGGAUGCUGGGGCUGUUGCAUGCACGACAUUGUAAUAUGAGGAGGGGCUGCUAGAAACGGGGGCUUCUCUGCACACAAGACUGGGAGCAGCACCUUUGUACGACCUAUGUUGAGAUGCGUCUGUCUGGCUUGUGGCACCACGAGGUGAUGGGGAAUGAGAUGCUGGGUGUUAGCAUGAUAGUCCUUGUGAUUGUCAUUGUGUGGAUGGUAGGGGUGGUGUGGAGAUGGAUUGCAGGGAAGUGAAUGUAGGUGGAAGGAGUUGUGGUGUUGAUGGUUGUGGAUGUGUGGUUGCGGGUAACGGGCGUUGAACGUAUUUUGUGCUGUUGGUAUAUGAAGGGAGAGAGCAGCAUAGGAAGUCGGGACAGAAGAUCAUGUGCAGGAACGGGCAUGUGAUGUUGGAAACUAUGUAUGGCGCAGAAAUGUAGAGUGGAUGCGAGGGAGGGAGAAGGUGAAAAUGCGGAAGUUUUGACUUCGUUUUGCGAUGUACAUGGGUGUGAAGCAUCAUGAGCAGGGACGAUGAUUUUUUUGAGUGAUAGCGGCGUUGAUGGUUGUGGAUGUAUAAUUGUGGGUAACGGCUUUCAAACCUAUUUUGUGCUGUUGGUAUAUGAAGGGAGAAUGCAGCACAGGAAGCCAGGACAGAAGAUUAUGUGCAGGAAAGGGCAUGUGUUUUUGGGAACUGUGUAUGGUGCAGAAGUGUAGAGUGGAUGCGAGGGAGGGUGGAGGUGAAAUGCGGAAGUAAUCGCUUCGUUAUGGGAUGUACAUGAGUGUGUAGCAUCAUGAGCAGGGGCGAUGAUUUGUUACGAGUUUUAAUGGAAGAAGAAAUGUCUGUAUACCCAUGCCUACAGAAAUAGACGUAGAACAAUCAAGAUUGCUGAGUGGCAUGGAAGUGUAUAAAUCUUGCCAUCCUUUAAGAAAUUUCUAUAGAAUUUCACUUA